AUGGUUCAAGACAACAUAUUUGCCCUCCUAACAAGGGGGGCUUCCCUCCACAAGUGCCACGCUUCCCUCGAUUCUCCCUUGCUGCAAAAACGCCAACACCGGGAACAGCAGCUGCAGCAGGCUCAGCAGCAAGAGGGAUCCCUUGCAGAAGAUGGCAGAACGAGGGGACGAGAAGCCUCUGAGAAGCAGUAUUCUGCUGAGAGCCUCCGUGCUCGGCACUCUAUUGCUGUGAAGGGCCUACCUGUUGUGCCUGCUCCCUUCCUUUCUUUUAGUGACGAGAUUCCUCUUGAAACGGGGGCAGCAGAAGCUAAAAAGAUCCUCUUAGAAGGAGAUCAACAGUCCCAAGAAGGGCCUAGGAAGCUCCCUGCAUGGCUCAUCUCCCGCCUGCAGACACUCGGCUACAAGCAGCCGACCCCCAUUCAGAUGCAGGCACUGCCGCUGAUGUUGAAAGGACACCACAUGUUGGCUUCGGCCCCGACCGGUAGCGGCAAAACCCUCGCCUUUCUGCUUCCUCUCAUUGCCUGUCUAAAGGCACCCAGCAAUGCCUUCGGCCGGUUGGUUGUCUUGUCGCCUACUCGAGAGCUGGCAAGACAGAGCCUUAGGACCUUCCAAAAGCUUACAGAUGGCACAGGUUUCAAAGCUGCGUUCCCUCAGUCGCAUCCGGGAACCCGAUACGGCGCGGCAGAUGCUGUCUUUGCAACUCCGUUGUCCCUGUUAACGUUGCUAAGGGAGAAGAGGAUCGCCUUCUUGACUCCGAGUGGGUCUCCAAAUCACUGUAAAGCUGGACAUGGGGGCUGCGCAGUAGAGUUCUCCCCCCAAGUUGACGCAAUUCUUUCUGAGUUAAAGGGAGCCGCAUCUGCCACGAGAAGACUGCACAUUUGUCUCUUCUCCGCCACGCUGCCUCCCUCCGUGAUUCUCUUGGCCGAGUCCAUCGCAUACGGGGCGGUCCACUUAACUGUCGUGGUCUUGGAGGUCCCUCAUACGGCACAGGGAUGCAUGCAGCUGCACGUGUAUAGCAUGCCAUGGUACAGUGCUCAUGGAGGAGCAUCCAUGCAGGACUUGUGUGGUCUGCUUGCGACGCAAGAAAGGGCAAGCGAGCUGUUGAAGGAAAUGAUUUCAGAGGGGCUGCCAGUUGACUUGUUGCAUGCGGCAAAAAGCAAACAACAGAGGGAUGCGACCGUAGACGCUUUCAGGAUUGGGAAGAUUUGGUUCCUGAUCUGCACAGACCUCGUGGCGCGCGGCAUUGAUUUCAAAGGUGUUUCCCUCGUAAUUAACUUCGACCUACCCCCUUCCACUUCGGUGUACAUACACCGCAUCGGCAGAACUGGAAGAGCUGGCAAGGAGGGGAAGGCGCUGACUUUCUUCACUUUAGACGACGUGCCCAGACUGAGGCCUAUAGUGCAAAUAAUGCAGAAGAGCCCGAACAGCAAAAUUCCCACAUUUUUAAGCACUAAGCUAACUCGCAACCUGAAGGUCAAGGGCCGAAAGAAGUACAUGGGUAAUGCACAGCCCAAGAGCAAAAUGGGGUCUCACCGUCGUCGGAAACCCAUACGGCCGAUUGCAAAAGCAGUUCUCAUGAAGGCCAAGAGACGCGCCUGGGCUAUCGCCGCCUCUCUCGCCAAAAAGAAGCGAGCAAAGGAAAGCGGAACAGGGGGCGAUGAAGGGCCCGACGGUGCAGAGGCCACGGCGUCUGGCAGCGCCGACAGAGCCAUGGGCCCCAAUGCCGCUAAGAAGAAAAAGAAAAGGCAGGAGCAGGCAGUCCAGACCAACGAUAAAACCUCCAAGGCCAAAACCCCACGUGCAUCUGUUGCGCAGAAACACCCUGCAACCCGCGGUGUCAAGCGGAAACAUCGGCAGCGAUCAGCGCCGCAGCCAACUACCACAGGUUAG